AUGAUCGCUGAUAACAACUCGACACCUUUGUCUUCCUCCUCGGAUGUGUCAAUCACGACAGAAUUGACAACUACAAAAGUCAUGUACUUGUUGAGAGGUAUUUCGGGCUCCGGAAAAAGCACAUUGGCAGCUCAAAUAUUGAACGAUCAUAAUAUUGAUAUUCAAACAUCAUACAAGGAACACAUUUUCUCAACCGAUGACUUUUUUAUUGAUCCACAGAGUGGAAAAUAUAAUUUUGAUCCAACAAAGCUAGGAAAGGCACAUCAUUGGAAUCAAACUCGAGCUCAAAAUGCCAUGCAAAAAGGAACAACACCGAUCAUCAUUGACAAUACAAAUACACAAAAGUGGGAAGCAAAGCCCUAUGUGAUGUUUGCUAAACAAUAUUCGUAUGAAGUCAAAGUUUUGGAGCCUCAAACACCAUGGGCUAAGAAUGCAGUGGAAUUGGCAAAGAGAAAUCAACAUGGUGUACCCGUUGAAGCUAUUCAAAGAAUGUUAGACAGAUGGGAAACAGAUUUUACAGUUGAGAAUAUUUUGAGAUCUAAUCCACCAGCAAGAAAAAAGUAA